CUCCGCAUUCACUCCCCGGGAGCUGCCCUGUCCCUGCUCCUGCUUUUACGUAACGUGCCUGCAUGAAACGCGCGGCCACCACCUCCGUGUUUUAUAGGCUUCCCGGUCCCCGUCCCGGCUGCUGCUCGGCGCUGGGGACAGUGGUGCAGUGCAUGGAGAAGACCCUGCCCAGGUGCCCUGCAGCAGCUGGGAAGUGCCCGGGGCCCAGCAGGGAUGUCGGAGACCUCGUCCAGCAAGGAGACCCCCCCGGCCGAGUGCCCCGUCUGCUACGAGAAGUUCCAGCCGCUGGAGCACACGCACCGCAGGCUCAGCUGCGGGCACGUCUUCUGCCAUGACUGCCUGGUGAAGUGCCUGCUCUCCGCCAAGCUGGAUGGCCAGGUGCAGAGCAGCAUCAUCUGCCCCGUCUGCCGCUACGUGACUUUCCUCAGCAAGAAGAAGGCUCUUUGGCCGAGCAACCUGCUGACGCUGGAAAUGCCCCUGUCACCUUCCUCCUUGUCCCAGCUGGCCAAACUGGAGCCCAGCAACACCUUGGUGGUGCCCAGCCACUUUGUGAUGCCGGUGCAGAGCUUCGACCGGUGCCGCGGCACGAGGAGCAGCCCAGGGGACUCGCAGGGAGAGCUGGCACGGGAAGCCCACAUCUUCGUCAUCAGCAGCCACGGGAUGCCGCUGGUGGACACGGACUGCUCCUCCCUGGGGAGGAGAAGCCUAGCCGAAACACACAGCACGGUGUCCUCCAGCUCGGCCCUGGGCGUGAAGUGCUGUCAGUCGCCCAUCGCCCUGGCCGUCCUCCUCAUCCUGACCGUGGCCAUGCUGGCGGCCGUGCUCCCUUGGCUGCUGCUGGUGAAGAGGGACUCAUAGCAGGGGUGGGACCGGCUCGGCUGCUGCAGUGCUGCCUCUGAUGCUGGGGCUGGUGCCUCCUGGAAAACCUCCCUGGAGGGAGCCCAGAAGCAGCUCCAGGGGAAGCUUUUCCAUCUGGCCAGGGACUUCUGGGUGUUUUCGAAGAUCUCUGGGUGCUCACAUGCUGGAUUUUUUUGCAUUUUGGCUAAAACAUGGCUUCUCAAGCCCUGCUAGUGGGUUUCUCUGGCAUUUUAGUGGCACAAUGGGGCAGGAAGGGACCCAGCUCGCUGCCCACGCAGACCCAGCCGUGCCCUCCCUCAGCCCUGCUCUCAGGUCCCCAGGGUGGGGGCCAUGUUCCUGCUGCCACCGUGUCCCUUCUGCCCUGGACGUGCAGGGACAGGCAGCAGGGCAGGGGGCGAAGCCAGGUCUAGGCUGUGCCAGGGGCAGGUUUGGGAAUCCCACCCUGCUCCCCAUGGUGUGGGCAUCCGGGAUGUGCAGCUGAGAUUUGGGAAUUUCUGUGCCCUGUCUAAAGGAAGGGCGAGCGGGGGCUGCUGGUCACCCCCUGCCAGAGCUGCCAGCGGUGACGGGGACUUCCUCCUGCCACGCUCCCCCCGUGGCUGGGCACCCCAAUGCUGCCUCUGCACCCUCACCACCACCUUUGUCCUCCUGACCCAGUGCCCAGCCCCGUGGGUGCUGCUGGCCUCACUCAUUCUGGAAUGCGCCCCAAGGACCACGGUGCUUUCGGACUGCCUGACCCCUAUGGAGCAGGAGCAGGAUGUCCCUCGCUGCCACCCGCAGGAGGUGGCGGCAGGCAGGAGGGUGGCACUUGGUCCCCAUGCUCCCUAAGUGAGAUUCCCACUGCCUGGCUGGGUGUCAGGUGGCCAGAGUGCCACCAAGACAGCUUUGGGAUCAUCCAGGACAUUUCAGGGGGACAAAUAAAACCGACCUGGGGCUGGGAAUGCUACUUGAUGGGAAAGGAUCAAGGCAGCCCAUGGCCCACCUCUGGGCAGAGCCAGGACAUCACUCAUCCACCCCCGUGCCUCAGUUUCUCCACCUGCGCACUGACCCCCGCACGAAGCACUGGGAGAUCACCUGAGGAAAAAGUGCUUGAGACACCGCACCGGAAUGGAAAUCCUAUUUCAUAACAAAUAAUUACCUGACAAUAACGCG